AUGGAACACCUCUCCAACGAAUAUUCGGACUCGGAUAUCAGGUACAGUUUCUUGAGCACAUUGGAUCAUUUACCAUGUGAACUAAUAAGAUCUCUACGAUUGAUGCAGACAAUCGACUUAUUCAAGAACGAAGAAGACGAACGUGAUUUGGAAAAGGCCUCUAGGGAUAUGUUGCUAGUAGCCACUUAUAUGAACGAUUUGGUCGAUGAUCAGAUUUAUUUCUUGACGCAGCAUAGGAAAGAACUGGAGAUGCAGAAGUCAGUGAUAAAAACUUUCAACUCUUCGGUAGAUAAUAUCAAGUCGAAGCUGAUGCUAGAAGAACCGGGAGUUUACAAGGGACCAAAACUACUAUUAAAGAUCAACUUAAAAAAGGCUAAAUCGAGAGAAAGGAAAGAGAGCAUAACUAGCCCCAAAAUUGGGACUACCCAGAGUGGCAGAACAGAGUUUAAUAAUCAAGAAGAGAUUUAUUGUUUUUGCAGGAAUGUAUCUUAUGGGCCUAUGGUGGCUUGCGAUAAUCCAAGCUGUCCCUUCGAGUGGUUCCAUUAUGGUUGUGUAAACCUGAAACAAGUUCCCAAGGGCAAAUGGUAUUGUAGCGAAGAUUGUAAGGAAAUAGCGAAGCAGAGAUCCAGAUUGAAACGGCAAAAGAGAAGAAAGUAA